CGGCCGGAGGCUGUGCACCAUCUCGGUUGGAUAGCUAGGUUUGCUCUUUCCAACGGCAAGCGUCAGCGGGAGUCUGCGCGGGUCUUCUUCGAGCAUCUGCACUGUUCCUUCUGCCGCUUUCCUUUAAAAAAAAAUCCCUCCCUGUAUUUCCCUCUCAGCACCUGCAGAAGCCUCAUUUGUUUUCGCUCCUCCUCUUUUCUUUGCCUCCUAUUUUCCCGCCUGGCUGCUUCCUUUCGCCUCCGCAGUUCAUUCAUUUGAAACCUCGGAGUUGUUUUUUCUUUCGCUUUACUUUUCCUUCAUCCUCUUUUUCCACAGCUGAAGCAAGGGGCAUUCUUAUUUUUUUUUUGUUCGGGUUUGCUUAUAAAGUCUCCUUUCUGCUUUUCAAUCCGAUUUGUUCCGCUGGGCUCGGGAGACGUCUGCGUCCUCCGACCCUCUUUUUUCCCCCCCAGAAACUUUCGGGGCCCCUCCUUCGGCUCGACACCGCCGGUUUCCCGCUUUGCCGCUUUGUCUUCUUUUAUCUUCAUCCCGUUUCCCCGCGCUUUGUUCGCGCCAUGGCGGCUGCUGUGGCGGCUUCCACACCGAUAGGGCAGCGUACCCGGAGCAGUGCGGUCAGCACACCGCUUAGUCCGACACGCAUCACCCGCCUGCAAGAGAAAGAGGAAUUGCAGGACCUCAAUGACCGCCUGGCCAUUUACAUCGAUAAGGUCCGCAGCCUGGAGAUCGAGAACAGCGCGCUCCACCUCCAAGUCACCGAGCGGGAAGAGGUGCGUGGCCGUGAACUCACCGGCCUUAAAUCCCUCUAUGAGAACGAGUUGGCCGAUGCCAGGCGCUCUUUGGACGACACUGCUCGGGAUAGAGCCAAGCUGCAGAUCGAGCUGGGCAAGAUCCGCGCUGAACACGACCAGCUCCUUGGCAACUAUGCAAAAAAAGAAUCUGAUCUGAAUUGUGCUCUGGCAAAGCUUCGGGAAUUUGAAGCUUCUCUAAAUACAAAAGAAGCAGCCCUUGCUACAGCCCUUGGUGAUAAAAAAAGUCUGGAAGGGGAGCUUGAGGACUUAAAGGAUCAGUUUAAUCAGCUUGAAGCUGCUUUUGCAGCUGCCAAGAAACAAUUGGUGGAUGAAACAUUAUUGAAAGUGGAUCUCGAAAACCGCUGCCAAAGUUUGAUUGAAGACUUGGAAUUUCGAAAAAAUAUGUAUGAAGAGGAAAUAAAUGAAACACGAAGGAAACAUGAAACUCGCCUUGUUGAGGUGGACUCUGGGCGUCUGAUAGACUAUGAAUACAAACUGACUCAAGCACUGAAAGAAAUGAGAGAACAACAUGAUAUGCAAGUGAAACUUUACAAAGAGGAGCUUGAAGAAACAUACCAUGCCAAAGUUUUGUUGAAACUUACUCCCAGCCCAUCUUCUCGUGUAACUGUCUCUCGGGCAUCAUCAAGCCGUAGUGUUCGUACGACGAGGGCAAAGAGAAAGAGGGUUGAUGUAGAAGAAUCAGAGGCCAGUAGUAGUGUUAGUAUCGCUCACUCAGCUUCUGCCACUGGGAAUAUCUGUAUUGAGGAGAUAGAUGUAGAUGGGAAAUUUAUCCGCUUGAAGAACACUUCUGAUCAG